GCGUUAUAACCUUCACCUGCCCCCUGCCGAAACCAUGGGGUUCGGUCCACUCGAAAGCCAAUACACGCGCAUGCGCAUCAUGCUGACGCGACCCACAAGCGCACUGAUUUUGCUAAUACUGGACGCCUGCAUCUGGCUCCAGCGCACGGACGUGGUCGAUUAUCGGAACCGCGUGCAGGACAUCCCGUCCCAGUUCAUCUACGACGUGUACGACUUUGUGGUGAUCGGUGGCGGAAGUGCGGGAGCGGCAGCAGCCGCCCGUCUCUCGGAGGUGUGCGAUUGGAACGUGCUGCUGCUCGAAGCCGGCACUGACGAAUCGUUUCUCAGCGAUCUUCCCUACCUGUAUCCAGCGCUACAGAAGGGCCCACUCGAUUGGCAGUUUGAAACGGAACCGAACGAACGCUUCUGUCAGGGUAUGCGCGGCAAUCGGUGCAGCUGGCCACGCGGCAAAGUGCUUGGCGGGAGUUCCGUGUUGAACGCGAUGAUGUACGUGCGCGGCCACCCGGAAGAUUACGACGAGUGGGCUCGGUUCGGUAACAGGGGCUGGAGCUGGCAAGAUGUGCUGCCGUACUUUGUGAAGAUGGAAAAUGUGCGUGACCCGAACAUUGCCGGCCGCCCGUACCACGGUACGACGGGCCCAAUGACGGUGGAGCUGAUCCGCAACCGGUCCGCGCUGCAGCCAAUGUUUCUGCAGGCGGCCCAAGAGCUCGGCAUGAAGCUGGCGGAUGAAGUGAACGGACCCGACCAGCUGGUGUUUGCACCACUGCACGGUUCCAUCCGCGACGGGUUGCGGUGCAGCACCGCCAAGGCGUAUUUGCGACCGAUUGGAAAUCGCAAGAAUUUGCACAUCUCGAUGAACUCUAUGGUGGAGCGGAUACUGAUUGAUCCGAAGGAUCGCCGUGCCUACGGUGUAGUGUUUCGCAAAGGCAACCGGCGGCAGUUCGUGCUGGUGACGAAGGAGAUCGUCCUAUCCGCGGGCGCACUGAACAGCCCGCAUCUGCUGAUGCUGUCCGGAGUGGGGCCACGCGAUCAGCUGCAGCGGCACGGCAUUCGCGUGAUCCACGAGCUACCCGGCGUUGGGCAGAACCUGCAGGAUCACGUUGCCGCCGGGGGUGGCGUGUUUUUGAUCCAAAAUCCGACCGGAAGCGCACCGCUCUCGAUACGCCUGGUGGAAGUGAACGAAGUUUCGGUGGCGCGCGACUUUCUGUUUCGGAACCAGGGCCGGCUGCUGUCGAUGCCGUCCUGCGAGGUGAUGGGGUUUAUCAACACCAAGUACAACAAGCCGGGCAGCCGGCGGGGCGAUGUGCAAAUUUUCAUGUCCGCCCAAUCGGAUAUCUCGGACGGUGGCACCGAGGGACAAGCUGGCGCCGGUCUCACCUACGAAUACUAUGCGCGCAACUUUGAGUCGUGGGUGUACCACGAUUCCUUUCUGAUCAUGCCACUGCUGAUGCACCCAGAGAGUCGCGGCUGGCUCGAGCUACCCAGUGCCAAUCCAAUGGAUAAGAUCAAAAUCUAUCCCAACUAUUUUGCGGUCGAGCGGGAUCUGGACAUUUUGGUCGAAGGGCUCAAGUUUGGCGUGCGCGUUGCUGAGACGUCCGUGAUGAAGAAGAUCAACGCAACGUUCAUUUACGAUGCAGAGCACGGUGACACGUGCAACGGACAGGUCGGUGACGCUUUCUUCAAGUGUCUCAUACAGCAUUACUCGCAAACGAUCUAUCACCCGUCAGGCACCGCCAAGAUGGGGCCAGCGACCGAUCCGAUGGCGGUGGUCGAUGAUCAGCUGCGGGUACACGGUAUAGGAGGGCUGCGUGUUGUAGACGCUAGCAUAAUGCCGAAGAUAACAACAGGAAAUACAAACGCACCGACCAUCAUGAUAGCGGAACGGGCUGCCGACCUGAUCAAGUACGCACAUCUGCCGGCCCUGGCACGCGAAGAACACUAUCGGCAGUGCGCUAGUAUCGACUACCAGUAUCACCCGUCCACCAGCAACACAGUGACGAAGGUUAUAAAAAGUUCCAAAAAAGUUCCAUAACAUGCAAUCGUAUUUAUCGUUUAGUUACGGUGACCUGCAAGGUUCUACUACUAUUUUACUAGUACAAUAUCACUCACAAGAUUAAUCGUAUGUGCACGAUCCACUCGAUGAAUCUUUCAUUAGUCAUUAGUAAGAGCUUGUUAAGUAAGUCGCAAUUCUUAAAACCUAAAAUAGAAUUAGCCGAUUGAGACAAGUCUAUCUGUUUACAUGGAUUAUCAGUUUCG